CUAUUCUCCAGCUGCACCUGGCGGCUCACAUGCUUAACCUCCUCCACCAGAUGGCGGGGGCGCAUGUACCACCACCACCUCCUCCUCCGGCGAUUCUGGUCACGAUGGAGAAGCUGAAGAAGAAUGGAGUCGAAGAGUUCCGAGGCAAUAAGAUCACCGAACCGAUGGUUGCUAAGCGCUGGUUCGAGCGUAUAAGUUGAGUUCUUAGAACCCUGCAAGUUCCAAUGGAGCAGAGAGGCGACCUAGCCAUCGCCUUACUUCAGGUUGCCGCCUAUGAUUGGUGGAAGCGUGCGGGAGAGGACAUCACGGAGCCAGUGUCGUGUGCAACGUUUGACGAGCUCUUCUGGGAGGAGUACGUGCCCGAGCACUUCAUAGAGGAGAAGCGAGACGAGUUUAUGAAGUUUACCCAUGGUGAACUUACACUUCUUGAGUAUCGACAGAAGUUCGAUGAGCUGGCUGAGUUCGGCCGAGAUCUGGUAUCGACGAUGGAGAAGUGGUGCAAACACUUCAAGGAGGGACUACCCCCUGACCUAUUUUCUAGGCUGAACAAUGCACAAAGGCAUGACAUCAAUGCGAUGUACAAGCAGGCAUUGGAACUUCAUGCGGCGCUACUCAAGAAGGCUGAGUACGAGCAGGCCCAGCCAGCACUUCCUCGUCCACCUCCACCGCCUAGGACCGGUCUGAGCAGCAAGAGGCCUCCCUCCGUAUCGAGCAAUUCGCAUCCAUGCAAGAAGGUUAUGUCGGCCCCUGCCCCGUCAUCAGCAGCCACACAGAAGAGUGGAAAGAGCCAGAGGAGAUACGAUUAUCUGAUUUGUACCCUUUGUGGGCGAAGGCGCCCUAGGGGAGUGUUGGUUUACUCAGGGUCUAUGCCUUGGGUGUGAACAGGCCGUGCAUUUCCGUAGGUAUUGCCCGACGAACCCUUGCGAGGCAUUUUCGAUGGCACCCGUGGCAUCAGCUAUAGCCGCCCAGCCCGCACAGAGCCAGAAGUUAGUAGCAGCGUCCAGGCAACCCAAACGGCUGGCAUCGAGCGCUCAGUCGGGGAAGGCUCCAACCCGCACAUACGCGAUGCAUGGACGUACUGAGCAGCCCGCCCAUUACGCGAUUAUGGGUAUGUU